AUGAUGAUCUCCGGCGAAUCUCACCGACACAUGCCGCAUUUCACGGCGAGCAUUGCUCCUAACUGCUCUCCCGAUUCAGAUCUUCGACCUCAUUGGAAAACCUCGCGUAAGAAGUUUAAGACGCAGGGGAAUCGUGUGAGGCGAAGCGGUUCGUCGACGGGGAGACGGAGCAGGCCUGAAUCUCCUCUUUCGAGGUCGAAGAUCUUUAAAGUUGGAGAAGAGACGAGUGUCGGUGAUCCACUGGAGGAGGUUUACCGGAAAAGAGAGAAGCUGACCGUGGCAGUGUCGGCGAGGAAGCUCGCGGCUGGACUUUGGCGGAUGCAGCUGCCGGACGUUGCGGUGGCAGGUGAUUGUGGAACUCAAGGUGGUUUGAGACUUCAGCAGAAUGGAAUUGGCUAUGCAGACCACCCAUAUCUUAGUAACCAAAAUGGUGUUAUGCAUGGAUCUGGUAUGAAGAAUCCAUCACAAAGGCGCCGAUCCAUUUCUGAGACAAAAGAUGGACAUUUUUGUGAGCUCAACCCUUCUUUCCAGUUUUCUUCAACUGCAAUGGAAGGAAUGACAAAGUGGGAUCCUGUUAGUUUAAAAACAUCAGAUGAGGGGCAGCAUAUUUACAGCCAGAUGAAACUUCUAGACCAAAAGGAUAGCACUGUUUCUGCACUUGAAGCAGAAUUAGAGCAGGCUCAUGUGCGGAUUCAGGAGCUUGAGACUGAACGCCAUUCCUCCAAAAAGAAACUUGAGCAUUUCUUAAAGAAAGUCAGUGAGGAAAGGGCCUCGUGGAGAAGCAAAGAGCAUGAGAAAAUCUGUGCAUAUGUUGAUGACAUUAAAUUAGAUUUGAAUCGAGAAAGGAAAAGUCGCCAAAGGAUUGAAAUUAUCAAUUCCAGGUUGGUUAAUGAGUUGGCUGAUGCGAAGUUGUUAGCAAAACGCUGCAUGCAGGACUGUGAGAAAGAAAGGAAGGCUAGAGAAUUGAUCGAGGAAGUUUGUGACGAGCUUGCUAAGGAAAUUGGAGAAGACAAGGCUGAAGUUGAAGCAUUAAAGAGAGAAUCUAUGACUAUUAGGGAAGAAAUGGAUGAGGAGAGAAGGAUGUUACAGAUGGCUGAAGUGUGGCGUGAAGAACGUGUUCAUAUGAAAUUGAUAGAUGCAAAAGUUGCUCUUGACGAAAAGUAUUCACAGAUGAAUGAACUUGUAGCAUAUCUGGAAACCUUUCUCAAGUCAGUAAAUAUAAACUCAAAUGCUAAGGAGAUCAGAGAGGCACAAUCACUUCAACAGGUUGCAGCUUCUGUGAACAUUCAAGACAUCAAGGGAUUUUCCUAUGAGCCAUCCAAUCCAGACGAUAUUUUUGCCAUUUUUGAAGAGGUCAAUUCUGGUGAACUUAAUGAGAGAGAGACCGAGUCAUGCAUUGCUUACUCUCCGGUGAGUCAUGCCUCAAAGAUUCACACAGUUAGUCCUGAAGCCAACUUGAUAAGUGAGAAUGGCCUUCAGAGACAUUCUGACAUAUAUUUAGAAGAAGAUGAAAGUGGAUGGGAAACUGCGAGCCAUGUUGAAGAUCAAGGGUCAAGUUGUUCACCCGAAGGGAGUGCCCCUUCGGUAACUAAGAAAGGUCGAAAGAGCAAUGCCUCGGGGAUAAGUGUGAUAGAAUGGGAAGGAAAUGCAGGUGAGGAAACCCCAUUAACUGAAAUAAGUGAAGUCUGUUCGGUACCAACUAAGCCAUCAAAGAGGAUAUCAUCCAUAGCAAGGCUUUGGAGGUCAGGACUGACAAAUGAGGACAAUUACAAGAUAAUCUCUAUGGAGGGAAUGAAUGGGAGGCUUUCAAAUGGAAAGGUAUCUAACGGGGGAGUCAUGUCUCCUGAAUGGGGACUUGAUAAAAGUGGACUAAGCCCCCAAGACAUUAUAUGCCAAUUAAGUUCUCCUGAGUCGGGAAGCGUGCAUAACCGAGGCAUGAAAGGCUGCAUUCCGCGUACUGGACCGAAGGGUAGUUUGAAGUCCAGACUAAUGGAAGCUAGGAUGGAAAGCAACAAGGUUCAGUUGCGCCAUGUUCUGAAACAGAAGAUUUAG